AUGGCUUCGUCUCUCUCCGCGCAGUUGUCGCAGAUCGCGGCCAACUCGACCAGCCAAUUGAACCUCCGAGCUCAGAGAUACCUCCAUUCGCAAUCGCUGAUUUUCGACAAGAAGGUUGCUGGAUCUCAAGAUUUCCAGACGAUUUACGAAAUAUGUCACGAGGGCUUUCAGGAGCUAUGCCUGCUGGACCCCCGGUUUGCGCAGUUCGAGCGGACCAUCUUCAGCGAACAGAGCGUCGGCGAAGAGCGAACGGAAAUGAACGCUGCUCAGAACAAGGAGCUGGACACGGUUCUGGAGGCUUUUCUGGCGCUGGUGGGAGGAAAAUUGCUGUUGAGUCCUGCGGUCAAGGCCGUGGAUUGGCUUAUUCGGCGAUUCCGAAUUCACGAACACAAUACCGCGUUUACGAUCCUAACCUUCCUGCCAUACCACACCACACCUCUUUUCUUGAAUCUGCUCUCGAUACUUCCCCAAGACUUGACGCCCACCUUCAAGGUGCUCAACCCGUACAAGCAAGGCCUGGUCAACCCUCCUCGUCAUCCGCUUUUGCACAGUGCCACGACAAAUAAACCGUUCCUCGCGGCAAUCAAUGAAUAUACCCUCACGGUCAGCCGACUGCAGGCGGGCCACCAUGCGCUGCUCUCGUUUUGGGCGGGAAUUAUGACGGAAGCUGUUGCGGGAAUGCUGGACGCAGCGCGCUCUGGUCGCCGAGCGGUGGAGAAGCAGCAGCACGACGAUAUUCUUCUGCGAGUCAUCCCGGUGCUGAAUGACGGACUGGCCAUGAAGGAUGUCUCGGAGUUGGUUAUUGGUUGCUACAUGGUCUGCGUGGUUCUGGCGCAGAAGGCUUCUCUACAGGACACCGUCCUCGACGAGCUGAUGGGGGCUGUUGCGGGCUCGUGGACUGAAGAAACGGCGAAUUCGGGCCUGAUUUGUCUGUCCGUCCUGGCACAGCAGAAGCCCGACGGAACGAUACCGAAGCGCGCUUUCAAGGCCAUUCUUCGAUUGGACAACCUGGUUCAGCAGCUAUCUGAAAUCUCAACCCAAUACAAGACAUCCAAUCUGCUUCUUGCGCUUGUGGCUGGUUGCGUUCAUGAUAUCCCGAACCAGAAGGACACAUCGCGACUGGACCUGUUGUCGCUCAUGUUCGAAGCGCAGUUGUUCGGCGAAGAGGAGACCGGCAGGGCCAUGGCCUUGGUCUUGAAUGCUGCUAGCAACGCGAACAAGGAGGGUGUCAUGUCAUUGGACUCUCAAACUCACCUGGCUGAUCUCGUCCAGUCUUUCAGCAGCUCGGAAACCCUCAAGCCCAUUUUCCAGAAAGCCGUCGCGGAAUCGUCUCUUAAUAUCUCCGCUUUGGAACACAAUCUGCAGACUGUUCUUGAGUCGGCACCGACGCCAAAGGCCUUGGAGGAUGUGGAAAUGGAGGAUGCAGAGGACAAGAAACCAGAGCAGGAUGCUUUCCCGUCAGCUCUUGAGCCCUUGAAGGGGGAGAGCCAGUUCAAGGACUCAUUCCUUUCCACUCAGUCUAUUCCUGUUUUCGACCGUCUUGUCCAGGUCUUUGCGCUCGCUGUUGGAUCUCAGGAAAAACUGGAUGCCUUCACCGAGUUGAAGGUUCUCGGAAAGGCGGAUGCCACCAAGUCGCCGCAGUUCCUGUCUUUCUUCGUCCGAGUCUUCUCUGGCCCAUUCCCCAUCGGCACUCGAGGCGCGGCGUUGAGCAUUAUCUCCACCUUUGUCAGCUCUGCUGCUGCCGACCUUGACUUCCAGGCCCUGCUUCCGUUUGUCUUGGUUGCUCUUACUGAUUCGUCGGAAAGAAUUCGCCGUGAAGCGGCCGGUCUGUUGACUGCCGUUGGAAAACUGUAUAAGAAGACCAAGAAGGCGGACAAUAUGACCGUUUGGGCUCGUGAAACUCUGUACGGCCAAGAGAAAAAGUCUAAGAACAUCCCCUGGCUUUCUGGCCGGGACGCCCAGAAAGUGCUGGAGCGCGCAUUCAUUCCAGGUCUGGAAGAAUACAUCUUGGACCCGGCCCAUAUUGGCCGUGUCCUGGAGGCGACCCUGCGCGGCUCUUCAGUGGCCGACUCCGGUGCUUCGGAGAUCAAGAAGCCUCUCCGAUUGAACCUGUUCACUCUCCUUUGUUCCCAUACCGUUCAGGUGCCGCUGUUUGCUCCGAAGGAUGGACUGCUGAAAUUGCUCAACCGCGUUGACAAGGCGGGUGGAACCACGCGCACGAAGGAGCUCGAGCCUGUGCUGAAGAUGUGGCGAGACUUGGGCGAGAAGAAAGCCCAGGAAGCUUGCCAGAAGGAGCGCAUUUCCCUCAGUGAAAUGGAGGACCAGAUCGUUGCGACCGUCACGCCCAAGGAGAAGGACGCCAUCACCGUACUUCUGUCUAACGUUCACCCUUACUCGCAAUCCCUGAGCCCGUCCUUCGCCGCCGCCGUCUUCCGCCGCAUGAGGGGCAUUUGGGUCAAGGUGCCCGAGGACCGCCAAAUCGUUGCCGCCGAGCAAAUUUUCGAAAUCUCUCUCGGCCAGGCGGACUCGCCGCUUGUCGCCGGCUGUCGCGAUGUGCUGCGCGGCGUCGAGCUGCCGGGACCCGUUUUGCUUCAAUUCCUGCAGAAGAUCCCUGCCUCGGUCACAGACAUGGAGUCUCUUGGACCGGCACCGAAGAGGAGACGCACCAGCCAGAACAACAUGGUCGCUAUGACAGUCCGGGACGAGGCCAACCUGGGUCAACUCAUGGAGAAGAUGACGUUCAUUCUGGAAUUGGUAGAUAGCUCAAAGCCGGAGGCGCAUCCGGAACUGGCCGACGGUUUGUUCCAGACUCUGGCUGCUCUUCACCACUUGAAGUCGCAAAUCCAGUCUGGCAUGAGCUACCUUCUGAGUCUGGUCCUUGGAAGCCUUUUGGCCAUUGUCAACCGGUCCAAGGCAAAUGCCAAGCCGCAAUUUGACACUUCCGUCAUCAGGGCCGAUCUGGUUGUGGAUUGCGUCCGUACUACCGACAGUCCUCAAGUGCAGAAUUCGGCACUUCUCCUGGUGGCUGGCUUGUCGGUCAUCGCUCCCGAGCUUGUCCUGCACAGCGUGAUGCCCAUCUUCACCUUCAUGGGAUCGAGCGUCCUGCGCAAGGACGACGAUUACUCCGUUUCCGUGAUCGACCAGACGAUCGACCAGGUCGUUCCGGCCCUCAUCCAGUCUUUGCGCAACCAGAAGCGCGACGUGGUGUCGGGUACUUCGGAGUUGCUGCUCAGCUUCACCGCGGCAUUCGAGCAUAUCCCGUCACAUCGCCGCUUGCGACUUUUCCAUGCUCUCAUCACAAAGCUUGGCACGCAGGACUUUUUGUUCGCCGUUCUUGCCAUGCUUGCCAACAGGUACUCGAUGGACAAGGAUGUUCUGGUCUUGAUGACUGGACUUGUAUCCGAUGCUGAGGCUCCCAUCGAACUUAGCACAUAUAAGAAAUACCUCGACCUCGUCAUCGAUUCGCUCAAGCAGAAACCUGGUAUCUCGCAAGUGCUUCUUGGAAUCGGAAGUGAUGAUGGGCGCGAGCCUCAGAAGGUUGCAGUUGAUCUGCUUCGGGCUUUGGCCUACCUGUUCCGUCACUCCUCUUUGAAAUCGAAGAUGGCCGAGGCGUUCGAGUCCGAGGAGGGCGACGCUCCCAACCAGAUUCGGGAUCUGUUCUCCCGUAUCUUGGAGCAAGUUCUCGCCAUUGGCGAUUCUAUGCAGAGCGUGAAGCCCAUCAGCCAGGCCAGCGGCGAAGUGCUCAGCGCGCUGUUCGGUACUCUGUCGCUUGCCGACUUCCUGGACACCAUCGAGGUCCUGCUGCAACGACCCAACGACGAACUCCGCCGGAAGGUUCUCCGACUCUUGGAAGGCCGUCUGCGCCAGAACCCUGAACGGGACGGCCCAUCGCAGAUCCGGAUGCUCGACUUCCUGCCGACGUUGGUUACCAUCGUGGAGUCGUCGCCCGACAUCUUGCUCAAGCACGCGGCCGUGGCUUGUAUCGACCGCAUUGCCGACAAGUACGGCAAGAAGGACCCGUCGAAGGUCAUUCCGGCGGCCAUCGCGGUGGCCGGCAAGACCUGCAUCGGCUCCGAGGACGACCGCAUUCGCAUCAUGGGUGUGUUGUGUUUGGCCUCGAUAGCCGAGGUUCUCGGCCAGGCGAUGAUUCCUGCCCUGCCGCCGGCGGUCAGCCAGUCCCUGGCCCUGCUCGAGCUGAGUCUCGAGGCUGGUCAAGAGAACACCCGACUGCACGAUGCGGUAUACUCGCUGUUCUCCGCCUUGUUCGUACACCUGCCCUUCAUGAUCUCCGCUUCCCAGCUGGACAAGAUUCUCUUGCUUUCGUUCAAGUCCGCUUCCUCGGAGGAAAGCGAGGUCGAAAGCCGACAAGAGGCGCUGCGAUUGAUGGCACGCAAGGUCGACCUCGCCGCCACCUUUGGUGCGGUGGAUCGCAACUGGCAGCACGCUACGGCGGCUGGUCCGGAAGCCACCAAGGAAAUCUUGGAGAUGGUCAGCCUGGCUAUCGAGAAGCACCCCAAGUCCGCUAUCUCGAAGAACCUGCCCACUCUUACGAAUAUCUUGUUCAAAGCGUUUGACCUGCGCCGCGAGCAGAUCUCCCUUGGUACUCGGGCCACUCUUGAGCUGUCGGAUGUGGACGAGAUCGAGGAGGGCAUCAACGAUAUGACGAUCAAGAUGAUCUACAAGCUGAACGACACGGCUUUCCGUCCGAUCUUUGUCAAAAUGCUUGACUGGGCCAACACUAGUGUUUCGAAGAAGGACACGCAGGGCAACUUGGCCCGCCAGACGACGUUCUUCAAGUUCCUGCAGGUGUUCUUUGGAACGCUCCAGUCGAUCGUCACCGGCUAUGGCAGCUACAUCAUUGAGACUGUGGUUUCUGUCCUCGGCAAGGCCAAGCCGUCCGAUCAGGCGACCAAGUCUCUCUGGCUGGCGACGAUGCGCAUGCUCCGCAACGCCUUUGAACAUGACCAGGAUGAAUUCUGGCAAUCUCCCUCCCAUCUCACCGCCAUCUCUCAACCUCUUAUCUCGCAACUGGCCCACGCGACUAACCCUCCCAGCGCCAACCUGGUCAUUGCCGAGACGGUGCCGACCAUCACGGAACUGGCCGUGGCCGCCGACUCCACAGACAACCACAAGGAGCUGAACUCGACGCUGAUGCGCUUCCUGCGGCCGUCCACGGUCACGGGCAAGUCGGCCGGCGGCGAGAACCCGUUCACGCGCCUGGCGGCCCUGAAGGCCGAGCAGUCGCUGACGGAGCAGUUGGGCGAGGAGUGGCUGGCCCUGCUGCCCGAGAUGCUGCCGUAUAUUAGCGAGUUGAUGGAGGAUGAAGACGAGCAGGUGGAGCGGGAAGUGAGGAAAUGGGUGAAGCAGAUCGAGAGUGUGUUGGGGGAGAGAUUGGAUGAUAUGUUGACCUAG